AUGUGCAGUUCCUCAGCUUGGGUUACUAUACAACAAUGUCCAGUAAUGAACUACAGUGAUCUUUUCAUACUUGUCUUCAGUAUGGACUCCCGAGAAUCAUUUGAAGAAGUUGUACGUUUGCGUGAAAAUAUUUUAGAAACAAAAUGGGCUGCCCUUAAUCCAGGCUCGGGUUUGAAGAAGAAAAGUCUACCAAAGAUACCAAUGAUUUUAGCUGGCAAUAAAUGCGAUCGUGAUAUUAAAACCGUACACCUAGACGAGGUUAUGGGCUAUAUAGCGGGACAAGAUAAUUGUUGUGUAUUUGUCGAAUGUUCAGCACGUCAAAAUUUUCGUAUUGAUGAUUUAUUUUAUGCACUUUUCAUGGUAUCGAAUUUACCAUUGGAAAUGGCACCAAAUCAUCAUAGACGUGUUAUAUCUGUUUUCGGUGCACCCUCUCCAUUACCGCCACAUUCAUCAGCUGGUGGAUCUAAAAAAAAUGCGCUCUCUAUUAAAAGACGUUUCAGCGAUGCUUGUGGUGUUGUGACGCCAAAUGCACGUAGGCCCAGUAUACGCACAGAUCUAAAUUUGAUGCGAUCGAAGACAAUGGCUAUGAAUGAAGGUGAAGGUGCGGGCGCUACGCGGCGUAAACUCUGUGUGAUCAUGUAA